UUGUGCGUGUUUGACCUGAAGGGAUCCCUGAGAAACAGGAAUGUGAAGACUGAUCAAGGAAAGGAGAGCUGUGAGGUGGUGCUCCUGGAUGAGAACCUCCUGAAACUGGUGCAUGACAAUCCCCUUUAUAUUCGCUCACACUGCAAGGCCAUUCUGCGUGCCGCCAUCCUCAGUGACGCCCACUUCCUGUCCAGUCACCUCAUCAUUGAUUAUUCCCUGCUGGUGGGCCGUGACGAUGCCACGGAUGAAUUAGUUGUGGGCAUCAUAGAUUAUAUCCGUACUUUCACGUGGGAUAAAAAGCUGGAGAUGGUGGUCAAAUCUACUGGGAUUCUUGGAGGUCAAGGCAAAAUGCCUACGGUGGUGUCACCAGAGCUGUAUCGAUCACGUUUCUGUGAGGCCAUGGACAAAUAUUUCCUCAUGGUCCCUGAUCACUGGACAGGUCUUGGUCUCAACUGCUGAUGGACAACAAGGGAACGUUACAGCCUGAAAGGGAUUUGCUGCUCUCACGUAUUUCGCAAUGAUUAAAUGGAAGGUCCACUGUAGUAAACCCUCCAUUAUCUGCAGUGCUCACAGAAAACUGGUGAAACUGAACCCCCUCUCUUUCUAUGCUUUGUGCACAAAUUGACCCAAACUUAUGUGCCAAGACCCAGUUCCAGAAGAUCCAUUGAGGAAACUGAACUGAAAUGGCUGAACUUUUAGAACCCUGUUAUGCAGUAGUGUUUGUUUAUAACCUAUUAACUGUGGAUGAUGUAUAAGUUUAUAAAUGUACAGAGAUAUGUAAUUAAAGAUUAUUAAUACUUGAAAA